AUGUAUGAAAUGCAGAGUUUUAAGAAUAUGAUAUGGAAGAAAAAGGGACUUAUAAUAACAAUAAGAAUAUUUACAUUUAUAAGAAAGAUGCUAGCAAAUCUCCAUUCAUAUUAGUUUAGAAAACUCACUCAUUAAAAUUUCAAAGCCUUAAAUGAUCAAUCUGCAUAUUAUAGAUUCUAUGCAAAUAAGAAUUAUGUUAAUAGUAAUUUAACUUAUAUGGUAUUAUUUUUAUAUUAUAAGGACAAAAUAAGAUAUUGGUUCAAUGCUAAUAACUUUCUAAAUAAAAUAAAGACAAGCUACAAAUAUACAUUAUUUAGUCAUACAAUAAAUCCUAAUAACAGUUUCAAACUAAUUUUUGAUUUCAUUCUUUCAAUAAUGCUAGUCAUCAAUGUGGCUUAUUUACCUAUGAAUAUGAGUUUCAAUAUUGAUUGGCCAGAAGCAGAAAUAUUAUUAUUGAUAUUGCCAGAUUACUUAUUUCUUAUUCAUAUAAUACUUUAAUUUAAUACUGCAUAUUAUGAUUCUGGAGUUUUGAGGUCAUAAAGAAAAGAAAUAGCAAAACAUUACUUAAAAAAUAGUUGUAUUUUAGAUUGUUUAAGUAUGGUACCUCUAAUAUUCAAUUUUGAUUAAAGCUACUUUAUGAAUUUUUUCAUACUGCUUAGAUUGAAUGCAUUAGUGGAUAUACUAUUAUUUUUUGAAGAGAAUUACAAUAUGCGUAAAAAUUAUGGAACUUAUAUUGAUGUAAUAAAAUUAAUGAGUAUAUUUCUUUAUUCAUCACACAUUUUUGCAUGUCUAUUUUUCUUAAUAGCCAAAACUGAAAUAAGUGAUGGAGUUUAAGAUACUUGGAUUUAAAUUAAUCAUAUUUAAGAUGUUCCUUGGUAAUAAUAAUAUGUUACUGCAAUGUAUUGGGGUUCAGUGACUACUUUAACUAUUGGAUAUGGAGAUAUUUUACCUACAACUAAUAUAGAAAGGGCUUAUGUAAUUCUAGUGGCAUUAUUAAGUUCAAUAGUAUUUGGAUUCACAAUUUCAAACAUUGGAUAGAUUUUUAAUAAUAUAACUGAGUAAAAGAAAACUCAAAGACAUCGAAUGAGUAUGAUAACUUCAUUUAUAUAAAAAAGAGGAUUAAAUAAAGAAUUAGAGAUCAGAGUCAGAAAAUUCUUUGAAUAUUAUUUUUAAAUUGAAGAAAACCGAGAUUAAGAAUGUGAAGUUCUUAUGUAAUAAUUAACAGAAGAUUUAAGAAAAGAAGUUAAAAUAGAUUUUUAUAAAAGAUAUUUAAUGAAGCAACCUUUAAUAUUUAAAACUUUUAGUGAAGAAUUUAUAAAUAAAAUUUGUUUAAUUAUGCAUGAACGUCUUUUAAUUCCAGAAGAAAGAUUUUUAUUUAAAGGUGAUCAAGUAAAUGAUCUAUCAUUUAUUAUAGAAGGAUAUGCAGACAUAAUUAUUGAAUUUAAUAAAAAUAAAUAAAAUAAAUUAUCUUAAAUUAGAAGAUUAAAUUAAUCUUAAAGUAUUGCUAUGAAUUACUUUUUCACUUAAUCACCCAUUCCUUAUACAAUUAAAUCAAAAACUUUUACAAGAAUAGUAUAAAUAAAUUUAUAAGAACUUUAAUAACUAUUACUAAGUUAUCCUAAAGAUUGGGAGAAAUUUAAAAAACUAUAAUAAAGUAUAAGAUUGAAUGAAUGUCCUUUAAUUGAAUGUGAUAUUUGUAAGUAGACACAUUAAUUAGAAAAAUGUAAUGUGUUAUUUUAUACUCCAAAUUCGAAAUAGAUAAUAAAGAAAAUAUAUUCAAUCAAAUAAGAUCGAUCUAAUUUUAUAAGAGAAAAUAGAAUAUAAUAUGUAUUAUUUUUUCAUUUAUUUUAGCAAACUUUUAAUGACAAAUUAAGUAUUUAAGAGGGUGUUUUAUCUUUUGCUAUUGAUGAAAAUUAUUUUUAAAAAGAAUCCAUUAAUGAAGAAUUUGUAUAGAAAUAUGAUUUCGUUCGAUUAAGAAAUGCUGAAUUAAAUAUGGAAAAUAGAUCAAUUAAAAUUGCAUAAUCAUCCAAAGAAGAACCUAAAAUACUAAAAAGAAGAAAUGGUGUCAGAGCCUCUAUUAGAUAGGUUAUUGCUGAAAGUAAUGAAUCAUCUGAUAGUGAUUCUUAAAAUCUUAUAUAAAUGUUCAAAAUACUCUCUUAUAGAUCAUCAGAAUAAAUUGAAUUUAAAAAUUAUCCAGAUUAAAUACUCUAUAAUGAGUAUUUAAAUAUCAUCAAACCUGAUGUUGUAUCCUAUCUAGAUAAAUAAAAAGAAUUUGAACAUUUUAAUCCAUAAGAUAAUAUAACUAAUGUUUUAUAAAGAAAUAUUGAAGUUAAUAAGAAUUAUUUUAAACUUAAAACUAAAAAGUCAAGAAGACUAAUUAAAAAAUCCACAUGGCUGGAUAGCGUUAAACCUAAAAAGGUUCAAUUUUGA